AGGUUAUGAUGUAAGUGACCGGCCGCUGUGAUCCUCAAGGCGUGCGCGCCCCCGGCCGCGUCAUCAGUAGACGGUUAUGCGGCGCAGAAAUCAGGAGCAGAAACAGCGCUGACUGAGCCGCAAAAUCGGAAGUGACUUUCAGCGGAGACACGUCUCAGUCGUUUUUACUUUUUUACCUGGCUGCGAUAUCUGGCAGAUGAGACACCCCUCGUAUUAAAAGAUGGCAAGUUGAUCAAAUUGGUGUUAGUUCCAGUGGGUCAUCAAUUUUGUCUUGUGUGUCACUGUGGACAAAGUCUACAGGCUGCAAAAGUGACGUCGGUUUGCACAAGAGUGUGAGAUUGUGUCUCUCAUCCAACAAUUCGUCCUGCUGAGGAGCUGCUCCGGACUGUUUGCCAGCUCCCUACUUGGGGCAGAGACAGCACCCCCACUCUCCUGCCAAAAUGGUGCUGUCACAGAGGCAACGAGACGAACUAAAUCGAGCAAUAGCAGAUUAUUUGCGCUCUAAUGGCUAUGAAGAAGCAUAUUCUGUUUUUAAGAAGGAGGCAGAGUUGGAUAUGAAUGAAGAGAUGGACAAGAAGUAUGCAGGCCUUUUGGAAAAGAAAUGGACUUCAGUCAUCAGAUUACAAAAAAAGGUAAUGGAGUUGGAGUCCAAACUAAAUGAAGCUAAGGAAGAGAUCACUUUAGGAGGCCCCGUGGGACAGAAACGAGAUCCCAAAGAGUGGAUCCCACGCCCGCCUGAGAAGUACGCCCUCAGCGGCCACAGAAGCCCUGUCACACGUGUCAUCUUCCACCCUGUGUUCAGCCUCAUGGUCUCCGCCUCAGAGGACGCCACUAUAAAGGUUUGGGACUACGAGGCUGGGGAUUUCGAGCGUACCCUGAAGGGUCACACUGACUCCGUGCAGGACAUCUCCUUUGAUCAGAAUGGAAAGCUGCUGGCUUCUUGCUCCGCAGACAUGACCAUCAAACUCUGGGACUUCCAGGGCUUUGAGUGCAUCAGGACCAUGCACGGACAUGAUCACAAUGUGUCGUCAGUUGCCAUCAUGCCCAACGGUGAUCACAUAGUGUCUGCUUCCAGGGAUAAGACCAUUAAAAUGUGGGAGGUGGCCACUGGCUACUGUGUGAAGACGUUCACGGGUCACAGGGAGUGGGUGCGUAUGGUCCGGCCCAAUCAAGACGGCACACUAUUGGCCAGCUGCUCUAAUGACCAGACGGUGCGCGUGUGGGUGGUGGCCACCAAGGAGUGCAAGGCGGAGCUGCGGGAGCACGAGCAUGUGGUGGAGUGCAUUUCCUGGGCCCCUGAGAGUGCACACCCCACCAUAUCUGAGGCUACAGGAUCUGAGAACAAGAAGAGUGGAAAGCCUGGGCCAUUCCUGCUAUCCGGAUCCAGAGACAAGACCAUUAAAAUGUGGGACAUAAGUACUGGCAUGUGCCUUAUGACACUGGUCGGUCAUGAUAACUGGGUGCGUGGAGUGCUGUUCCAUCCUGGUGGGAGAUUUGUAGUGAGCUGUGCUGAUGACAAGACCCUGCGUAUCUGGGACUAUAAGAACAAGCGCUGUAUGAAGACCCUGAGUGCCCAUGAACACUUUGUUACCUCUCUGGAUUUCCACAAGACUUCUCCUUACGUGGUGACAGGAAGUGUAGAUCAAACAGUCAAAGUGUGGGAAUGUCGUUGAUCGCCAUAGGAUCCGCCCCUUCCCUUUCCCCCCAACGCCAUCACUUUGGCCACUCCCACACCUGCUCUUCAGGAUGCACUCAUUACUAUGGUUACCACCCCAUCCAGCUCUCUUCUAAUAACUAUUGUCCUUUUAUGUAAAUUACUCUGGAUGUAGUUUGAGCUUAUUAAAUGUUACACAAGACACUCACAAGGUAAAAAAAAAAAAAAAAGAAAUGAGUCAAAAGUAAACAAGUAUUCUUGCAUGGUGAAUCCAGACCUUGUAUACUGUACAUUUUUUGCUUCUCCUCAUCUAAAGUACCGUAGGGAUGCGGAGCACAGGUGUUGCUCUCGCCUCAAGCGUUUCUGAACAGAAGGCAGAGUUCAGGAUACAGGGCACUCAAAACCGUUCUGUUGGACGUUUACGUUUUCUUUCUUUGACGUUUGUCACAUUCUGCUUUACAGAAUGCUUUAAAUAUUUAAACUGACUGAAGAUGAACAGCUUGACGUGUCUGUUCCGGGGGUCUGUAAUGUAAUUUAACCGUGUGAACGCCUGGAUGCUCAAAAGAUUCGUCACUUUAAGAAGUGGUAACAACUUCAGUUCACAUUAUUGAACCGUUCUCAUCCAUAAAGUCCUUUGUGUUUAAAAAGCAGGCAAAUCUACAGGCAAUCCCAUUAGAAACUAAGUGCAGGAAACACGAUAUGAGCUUUUAAAAGGACAUGGAUCAGUAAAGUGCACUUGUCCCUGGAGAAAUUAGGGUUUACAUUUUUUGUUUUUUGCUUUCUUUUUUUUUUGUUUUUUGUACAGAAGAUAUCAUUCUGACACCCUCCGUCACCACGUCUUGGAAAUGGAGGACUUUGACAUACUUUAUUUACUGAUAGAGGGCAAGUGAAGUGCCAUUUUACUUAUUCUUAAUUGCGCACAUUCACCAUUUCUAGUACUGUGUUCAACUUUCGGGACAAAUGCAGCUACAUCUCAUCCACGGUCUGAUUUCCUCCCAGAUUUCACUCUGACUGCCCUCAUUCUGCCUCCCUAUUCUCAAAAAUGACUUCAUUCGGUCAUAGGCUUCAUUAACCCCUCCUCCUCGCGAAACGCUCUGCGUCAUUGAUAUAGCGCUUUCAUUGCUUCGUCAUUCUGCUGCUUGCUUGCACCAUCUGCUGCCCGUCCGCUUGUGCACGCGUUUGUGAAGACUUCAGGAGACGAUGCCCGUACGGGCUUUUUGAUGUGCUCUGUGGUACUGCUCAGUGACCAUGUGCCGAUGAGCUCUAGUCAGUCUCUCUUGAUUCAGGGAGGUUUUUGGCAUUGCAGAAGAAGACGCUCUUUUUAAGGGCGUCACCUCCACCGUAGAUCAACGUGCAAUAUCUAUAGGCUGCUCUGUGUUAACUAUUAAGGUGUGUAUGUGUUUUCUAUGAACACAGUUCUAGGAAGAUGGCCUCCUGAUCAGAUUAACAGGGCAGACAGACGAAAGUCCGACAGGAGCGAGUUUGAAAGGUACUCCACUGGCUGCCGUACAAGGCAACAAUUAGCAACUUAUAAGACUACAUCAGUGGUGAGUAGUUUGCUGUGCUUGUUGGUCCGCAGCGUACUGUUUCCAACAGUAGAGUCAUGUAUGCCCAACCACUGCCAUCCUAAAGCUGUGUAUGUAGAAUCUAUGGAUGUGUGCGUGGGCGUCACUUCCUGCAGACUCUGACUCCAGCUAUUCGCUUUCUCUGCCUUGUUAAUGUACUGAGAAUCCCCAAUAUCGAGGACUUCAUUCUGCUUUUUGUGGUCUCACUGUUGACACACACUCGUGCACUCACAUAAAUAAAUAAUUGUCCAUCAGUAUAUCUUGAUGUCAUUGUUUGCAACAUAAUUAAAAUAAUAAAAUAUCUGUAAAUAUA